CCAAAUAAAAGUAUUGCUAUCAAAUAUAUUUUGCAGAAUAGCGAUAUGGUAUGAUCACAUGCUAUUUAUCGAUUUGGCUAAUAUAAUUAGUAGAGAAUUUCUUUCCGAGGGAAUUGAUGUUUAUCAUAACAUAUUGCAAUUAUUUGGCAUAGCAGGUCUAGGUGCCAUGGCAAGGCCAUUUGGCGCCUUUGCAUUUGGUCAUAUUGGUGAUAAGUAUGGCAGAAAAAUAGCACUACCAAUCGCAAUUUUGCUAGUAUCAAUACCAUCAAGUUUAAUUGCAUUUAUUCCAAGUUAUAGUCAAGUAGGUAUAACAUCUACUAUACUGUUGAUUAUGAUCCACGUUAUACAAGGGGUUGCAUUAGGGGCUGAACAAGGGGGCAGCUCUGUCUACCUCAUAGAGCAUUUAUCUGAUAAGAAGAAAAAAUUAGGAAUGCUUUUUGGUAUCAUAGGUUUUGGUAGGUCUAUAGGUAUCUUACUUUCUGCAUUGGUAGUCAUUCUCUGCAAAAUAACAACUGAUUUUAACGCUUGGGGAUGGAGAUUACCGUUUAUUUUCUCUGCUGUUUUGGGAUUAAUUAGCGCAUAUAGCAUAUAUAUAUUAGGGGAAACACCUGUAUAUAAGGCGACUCAGAAGCAAACUCAUUUACCAAUAAUAGACUUGAUAAAACACCAUAAACGAGCGUUCGUACUUGCUAUUUUAAUAGCUAUGCCUGUGAAUGUCAUUGUUGGAUUCACUAUAUUUGCUCGCACACUUGCGAAGGAAAUAGUAUCAAUGGAGGUAUAUGUAACGACAUAUAUUAAUGAAAUUGUAUCCAUUAUAACUGGCAUAUUAAUGCCAAUAUUUUCAAUAUUAUUUGGAAUUUUGGCUGAUAAAAUGGGAAAAGAACGCACGGCAAUUUUAUUUAUAGUAAUAACAAUGAUAUUGUGCUGUCCUUUGCUAUCUAUUGCAUACUACUACAAAAGUUAUCUUGUGAUUAUGCUGAGUGUAAUGGCUUUCUCCAUGAUCGAGAGGGGUAUAAAUCCCAUCGGAAUAGUAGCAUCUGAAUUAUUUCCUACAAAAGUCAGAUUUAGUGGUGUUAGCUUAUCACGUAACAUAUCCUUUACUUUGCAUGGAGGAUUCACUCCUAUGAUAUGUACUUGGUUUACUAUAACCUUUCCUCAAGUAAACUUUGUUUCUGGACUUUAUGUGGUAUUGUGUUUACUAAUCAGUUUAGUGGCAAUAUUGCAGAUAAAACCACAAGACAAAAAACUUUAG